AUCAUAAACAAUCUAUGUCAGCCAAUCAAGAAACGCUUGCUAUUAUCAGCACGCUCAAAAUAUCAGAAUUGAACUUCAUCCAGAAACCAAAAAUGAGAGAAUAUUUUACAUAAUCCAAAAAUUCAGUUUCACUUGUUGUUCAUUCUUAUGGUAGCUUUCUGGAACUGGGUUUCCCACUUACUCUCAGAUGUUGGGUGGUGCACUGUCAACCCCAACAACUCAAAAACUCAAGGCAACAAGAACAAUUGCAAUGCUUUGUCCAACUCAUAGAUUAUUGUCUACCAGUUUUUGUCUCUUUAAGAUCCCAGUAUCAAGUACAAGAGGAUUUUCGUCAAAGGAGAAUUGUUUUUUCAGAGGCCACCAAAUCAACAUCAAGCAAUUUUUUGGGCUUAUCUCAAGGCGUGCUCCACGAAACAAAGCAGGAGUUGUUGUUUCUCCAAGCUGUGUCCUGCCACUGACAGAAGAGAAUGUAGAGAAGGUUUUGGAUGAGGUAAGGCCUGGUUUGAUGGCUGAUGGAGGGAAUGUGGCUUUACAUGAGAUAGAUGGCCUUGUUGUUGUCCUCAAGUUACAAGGAGCAUGUGGUUCAUGUCCUAGCUCAACUAUGACAUUAAAGAUGGGAAUUGAAACUCGCCUCCGGGAUAAGAUUCCAGAAAUCAUGGAAGUGGAGCAGAUACUUGAUACUGAGACUGGUCUUGAGUUAACUGAAGAAAAUGUUGAAAGUGUUCUUUCUGAAAUUAGACCAUACCUUGUUGGCACUGGGGGAGGAAUAUUAGAGCUUGUUCAAAUCAAUGAUUAUGUUGUCAAAGUUCGGCUAAGUGGACCAGCAGCUGGGGUUAUGACAGUUCGUGUUGCCUUAACACAGAAGUUGAGAGACAAGAUACCUUCUAUUGCGGCUGUGCAGCUAAUAGAUUGAUGUAACAUACAAGUUCUUAUAUAUUUUGACUUUUCUGUAAAUGAAAUUGAACCAAUCAAUAGAAAGAACAUGUAUAAUUCUGAGGAGAAAAAAAAUUCAGUAUCAAAAUUACUCAGUUAUAUAGGAUUUGACGUUUGCCUCCUCCCUUUACUUCAGAAGAUUUUAUUCUAGCAGGUGAAAAGAAGUAUUAACAUUCCUUAUAUCACUCUCAGCAGUUCAUU